AUGCAGGAGUACAAUGAUGCCCUUCAGAGAGCUGAUAGAUUGUCUGUUGCGCGAGAAAACUUCCUUAUGGGAAAAAACAAUCCUCCUAACUUAGUGGCACAGGAAGACCUGACUGUUUACAUAAAUUGGUUAUUGUGUCACCUACACUCACUCAAGACUAUUCACCACUACCUGCAGGCCCUCCAGUAUUUGCCCAUCUCCAAAGUGCUGAGUGUAGCUGUUGACGAAGUCCCCAAGGUUGGUCAGGAAAAUGAAACGGUCCCUGUCAAUGACAUUGACCCUGACAUCCAGGGUUCUGCAUCUCCAGGCUCUAUGAAUACCAGCGUUUCAGGGCCAACAAGAACAGAAGCUGCUUUCUUUCUGCCCCAACACACAACAGAAACAGAAGAACUGAAACCUCAGCUGAGGCUCCUGCUCUCCCAUUUCUGUAUCCCAUAUGACAUGGAAGAACUAAGGGAUGCUUCUAAGGAGAUAGAACAUUUUUCCUUGGUUUCCCCAAAAUUUCAAAACAUCUUCAUGGAGCAACAGAGAAUGCAAACAUUUCCAGAUUAUGACGCUGAGAUAGCUAAAGUGGAGAAUUUGGGCUUGGUAGGACCUGGUAUGGCCUUGAAAAAGAGAGCAAACUGGAUUUCCUUUAUAAAGAUUAAGCCAAAAUGUGAUCCUUGGCAAAAGAAGCUUUUGACCAAACUAAAAGAACGGAGAAGAACAGAUGUAUUAAUGCAACUCCAAGCAAAGUUUUUGAAGAUUUCCAACCCUGAGAGAGUAAUGCAAGUGCUCCAAGAUCAUGCUGCAAAAACAGUCUUGCUGGCUUCAUCUCAUCCAACAUUUGUGGCUUCCCAGGGUUUGCAUCAGGGCAACUAUGACCAAAUCUGGGAGACUAUUUAUAGCAACAUCAACCUCUACCAGGUACAACAGGAAGAAAUAACCAAUACGCCUUUCUGUUCAACUCACCACCUGUGUGUAGACCUCAGAAAUUUACUCUGGUAGUUUUUUUAGAGAUCCUCCCCCAAAAGCUGUAUACCUAGCUGGGUUUGUUUUCAUUAUAAAAAAUAUUAAAUGAUAAUCUA